UCCAGGGUUAUGUUUGUCAAACCAAAAAGAGAGAGAGAGAGAACUGGAGAAAGAGGUGAAAAUGGAGUCAGGUCAAUCGUCAACCAUUUUUCGCGAUUGAGAUGAAGAUAAAGAUAAUGGCUUUGGAUACAACGGAGCCGGAGCCGGCCUUCAUUUGUUGUUAUUGGGAUUCCAAAAAGGAGCUAACUUUCUACUCUCCGAGUUGUCUCAUCAUCACCAGGUUCAAUCUUUACUCUCCAGCUUGCUUUCUUCCUCAUUUCAGUUUCAUCUUUAGCGUUCAAAAAGGCCUCGAUCAGUGCUUCAUAUCAAUCACUCCGUCGGUCGUUGUGUUCUUCUAUCAGCUGGGUUUUAAGACCUUAAGCUGAACUUGAUGAUGGCUAAAUCAAUAGAUGGUGAGAAGGGACGCUUGUUGAGGCUAGUGGAGGAAAGAUUAUUGAGCAGGAAAACAGAGAAUGAGAAAAAACUACCCCAAGAAACACAUAUCCCUUAUCUCCCUAAAGAUUGCAUUUCAAGCAUCCUUGUACGACUUCCUAUUGAAUCUCUUCAGAGGUCAAGUUUUGUGUGCAAGCCUUGGUAUAGCAUAAUUAAAAACCCCAAAUUCAUUGAUGCUCAUUUCCAGCGGUCUGAAUCUGUUUUGAUUUUUCUAUUGCCAAUAUGGGAAAGGUCAUAUUCUUUUUCCAUGGCAUCUGCUCCAGAACAGAAUCCAAACACUGUCUUAGUUGAAUCAAAACUUCUACCACCAAAUUGUAUCCCUACUUUCAGCAACCUGUCCCUAAACUCUACAAAAUUUUCUGUUCAGUUUCUUGCAAUAAAAAAUGGUAAGGCUGAGAUAGGAGGGUACAGUUUAAGUUGCUUGGGAAGUAUCAGAGCCACAUGCAAUGGUCUAAUUUUGCUUGAUAAUAAAGUUAAGACGGGUGGACUUGUGGUGAUGAAUCCUGUGACCAGGAAGCUGAUUGCACUCCCUCUAGGUACCUUACAUCGUCCAUAUAAUGAAUCUUAUGGUUUUGCAUUGAGUGAUGUAACGGGUGAAUAUAAAAUAGUCCAUUUGUUUCGGGAUGAUUUGGGGUUUGUCAGCUGUGAGAUUUUGAGUCUUUGGGAAAAAGUAUGGAAAGAGGUGAAUGGCCCUUCAUUUGGGCUCUUUGGUUGGUUUGGAUAUGCACCUAUUUCGGCAAUCGGAGCUUUGCACUGGAUUCCUCAGGUUGAUCGGAGCGAUUACAUUGUUUCUGUGGAAGUACACAAGGAACUGUUUCACCAAAUACCACUCCCCAGAAGUUGCAGAACUCAUGACAGGAUUAUUGAAAUGGCAGGUGCAUUGGGUUUUGUCAUUCAUCAGGAUAUAAACUGCAUUGACAUCUGGAUGUUGAAGGGUCUCUACGGGGAAGUCUGGACAAAGUAUCACAGUAUCACAGUGGGUUCUGUUAUAGACAUGAUUCCUUAUUUCACUUUGAGGAUCAAGGGAGAUAUUAUUUUUAAGAGAGACGAAGAUGGCUCGCUAUAUGCUUAUGACUUUCAGCAGCAAGACUUGACAAAGGUUGAGAUAGUAAGGAAUUGCAUGCUAACCUCUUCUGCAUGCCUACCUCAUGUCAACAGCCUCAUAUCUUGGAUGGAUGAAAGUUCGGACAUGCACGAAUGACUUUGACUUUGUCAGCUGCAUUUGGACAGAUUGUAUGCGACAGAUCUCAAGCUAUUAUUCCUUUUCUAAUUUUACACUGUCAAUAGGUGAUAGAUAAGAUAGUAGACAUUAAUCCUAAUGCUUCAUUUUAGAUGGAUUUGGCUAUAGGCUCUUUGAUGAUGAAUUGAUAGGCUUCAAUAAGUGAUAUAUUGUCCCUCAGGAAUUGAAGAAGCAAACUCUGCUAUAUUUUCUGUGAGAUAGCUAGGAGUUUUUUUAGUUGUAAAUAGGUUCCUGCCUGUUUUUUUUUUUAAUUUGCUAUGCAUAAAUAAAUGUGUGCUCCCUUUAUCCAGGCUUUUUUAUU